CCUAUAUCGUUGAUAACACACCUCCACCGCCCAGCUGCUCCUGGGCCACGAAUGAGACUCUUCCAUUCUUCAUCACAAGAUGUUUCAGGGAGACAUAAGAUGAAAGAACCGGGUAAGGUAGGAGCUGGCGUUUCUAUCAACUGGAGAGGACAUAGGAAAAUCACUUUCAGAUGGUAGAGGUAGUUGGAUCUAGGGUAGCUAACUUCAUUAGCGCUCUACCAAAUGUAAAGCCUGGAAUCAGUGGGGGUGGAGAGCUCCCCUGGCGGCAUUAAGUAACGCGGUCGGGUCCCUGCAUGAUGAUCAUCUCAGCUCCUGAACUCCAUUGGCUGAUUGCCCAACCUUACAACUCCAACUUCAACUACCUACCUCCUGGGUACUCACGGCCCUUAGUACGUGUGUCUGACGCUCUCUGCCCCUACGAUACAGGCUUGCUGAGCUAUGUUAGACAAAAAUAAGGGCCUUUAAUGCAAUUCUCGAAUGAACUGUGAAGCCGCAUAGUAGCGCUCGAUGCACAUCAACUGCUGCUGACCCCUCUAAUUCCUCCCCUACCCGCAAUCAGCCAACUCUAUUCGCAGAACCACACAAGACAUUGUUUAUCAUGAAUCGCCUACCGCGCGAACUGAUCGAUGCGAUACUUCAGCAAUGUAUCGAAUAUGGCCCCAAGAAUGCAGUCCUCGAUCUUCGGCUCGUUUGCCGCGUCUUCGACCAGAUUCUUAAGCCGUUCGCAUGCCGGACUCUGGACCUGGAAUUCUCGCGCCUGAGCAAGACAAGCGGUAUAGAACAUCCACAAAUAGACGCACUCCAGACGAUAGGCUAUCAUUGCAAGAGCCUAUAUAUUGACCUGAUGGUUCUGAGAGAUGACCUGGAAGUCGAGUUCCUUGAUACCGUAUUUGCACGAGUUCCGUCCAUGGCGGACUUUUGUCAAACACUACACAAAAAGUACUGCAUGAAUGAAACAUCGUUCACGGAGACGGAUUACUACGAGAAGGUCGAGGAGAUGCUAUUCUAUUGCCGUGACGUUGACCGUCUACGACUUAACCUCCCCUUCCAGCUCGUCGGCCGCCAUUGUAACGCCGCCACGAUGAUCCUGGCCAACACACUGAAAGCCUUUGCGCAGCGACCCGAGGAAGACUCAGCAAAGCUCAAUACACUUGUCGUAGAGAAUGUGACCGAUGUAGCCAUACGUCACCUCUGGAUGAACCCGAUCGAUGUGAUGAACAUCAUGAAAGUUUUGGAGGUAUUGGAACACCUCGUCUUGACGUUACGGCGACACGAGAACGAGCCCAUAACCGCGGGACUAUUCGGAUCCUGCCUUUGGAACCUUGUGGAGAAUGCGGGAGAGCUCAAGAGUCUCUGCUUGGUAGGGAUGGACCACGAUGAUCGCCCACCACGAGGUCUGAAACAGACGAAAUUCUGGCAGAUGCCUGUCGACGAGUGGCGUGCAAAGUCACUACCGGCGCCUAGUGUCAUACACUCCAAUCUCACAUGCUUGGAGCUCAAGCGGAUCGAGUUGUGCCCAGAGGUAUUUGUCCGUACUGCGGAGAAUUUUGGAACCACACUUCGAGAGCUUUAUUUGAACGAAGUAUAUCUAAAGGUUGAGCAAUCGCGCGACUGGAACGAGGAUUCUAAGAAAAUCCUUUGGGUCGGUAUGCCCAACCAACGUCCAGGGGAUGACUGCCAUUGGAUUGCUAUGGCGCUGAGAUGUGCAACACCACAUCUGAGAAUCUGCCGAGCAUCCUUCUUGGCCUACGACCAUUACAUGCUCGAAGAUAUGCCCACACAGCCAGAGUUUGACCUUAUUGACCCUUGUGGUCUUGGUCGAAGCAUCUCCCAGCGCUUUGUUGAAGUGGUCAUGGGAAUUCGCCAACCUACGCCUCUCACUAAAGAUGCAGUCGAAUACCUUCCUGCGGACGCUCUGUUUGACAGUCUUCUUAACAACCUGCUCCCACGGAAUCGUGCACUGGGGGUGGUUGAAUACGAUACUAAUGCGUACCAGACGGCUGUCGCAAACUCAACGUCAGAGUGGCAACGCAGCAUCGACGGCGUAUUCCCAAAUUGCAACUCCAACACUCUUGAUGAGUUACAUUUUAUCGCCGAGACAGCAUGUGAAGGCAUGAGUGAGAUACACCGGCGUCGCAACGAGUGGUCUGCCGAGAAUAGUAUGGCAAACGAGUUCACGGAAAACUUGUUUAAUAUCCCACCUUCUGACGAUGAACAUAUUUAAUGAUGAGUCGGGGGCACCCAUGUCACGACGAGAUACCACGACCCAUUGGCUAUAGACUACCUUGAGAAAUCGAAAUAAUAUUCUUCAGGUAGCUUGUCAUUCAAGCCUCAAUAACAGAGAGAUGCGAUUUGCAUCAGUCUUGACCAUAGCCGCUAUAUAAAAUGCCAACCCAGGGGGGGGGGGGGCCUUAAAUGAAGCACGCCCCUAUCUUUUUAUUUGCUUUUAGACCAUCCUCAAACAAAGGAAAUAAAUCUCAUAAGGUGUCAUCAUAGAUCAUCUUCUUCUAAAUAAACGAAAACCGAAUGGGAAAAACCAUUAGGACAUGCGCCUAGGAGCCGUUGACGCCAUUGCCGUUACCGUUGAAACCGUUGGUCUUGACCGCGGAUGUAGCCUUCUCGAGGGCUUGGAGAACGUCAUUGGUGAGGUCCUGGGCGUCCUCAACACCGCAGCUGAUGCGAACAAGGUCGUCGAAAAUACCGACAGCCUCACGCUGAUCUCGAGGGAUACCAGCAUGAGUCAUGCUGCUGGGAACUUCGACCAGACUCUCAACACCACCGAGACUCUCAGCGAGAGUGAAGAUCUUUGUCACCUGGCAGAAACGCUCAGCGGCAGCGUGACCGCCUUGGAUGCGGAAUGAGAGCAUGCCGCCACCCAGACCAUCACGAUGCUGCUUCUUGGCGAUAUGUCGGUGAGGGUGAGAGUCAAGACCGGGGUAGUUGACGGCAAUGACUAGAGGAGAAGCCUCGAGAGCUCGAGCCACGGCGUCGGCGUUGCGGCUGGCCUCACGAGCUCGCAGAUGCAGAGUCUUCAGACCACGGUGAGCAAGCCAGGAGUCAAAUGCUGAGGGCACCGCGCCAAUGGCGUUCUGAAGGAAGCUUAGACGGUUCUUGAGCUCGUCGCUGUUGAAAGCAGCAACACCCAUGACGACAUCACUGUGACCGUUGAUGUACUUGGUAACACUGUGGACAACGAUGUCGGCACCGAAAUCGAGCGGAUUCUGGACGUAAGGAGACAGGAAGGUGUUGUCAACAACGACGAGGACGCCGUGCUUGUGGGCCUCAGAAACAACAGCUCGGACAUCGACAAGGCGCAGGGUUGGAUUGCUAGGACUCUCGAUCCAGAUCAGACGGGUAUCGGGAGUAAUGUGCUCACUGAUAUCGACCUCGAUCUCUGGUGUGAAGGUCACCUUGACGCCGUGGGCCUUUGCGACCUGAGUGAAGUAUCGGUGGGUACCUCCGUAGACAUCGGAUACGGAGAUGACAUGGCUGCCGGCAGCGAGACUCUGGAGGAUAGUGGCGGUGGUGGCGGAACCGGAAGAGAAGGCGAGGGCGUACUUGGCGUGCUCGAGAGCAGCGACAGCGGUCUCGAAGUUGGUACGGUUGGGGUUGGCGGAUCGGGAGUACUCAUACUCGCCAACAGGCUUGCCAACGGCGGACUGAGCAAAUGUGGUCGACAGAGAGAUGGACUCAAUCACGGCGCCGGUAGCGGGGUCAUGUGGAGCGCCGGCGUGGACGGCGAGAGUACCGAAGCUGUGGACGGGGGACGGAGGGCGAGGUGGGGUGGCCACAGGGUCCGAAUUGAGAGGAGCAGCCGACAUUGUAGCUGAGGGUUGACUGGAAGUGUGAAAGAGGGAGAGGUGUAUAAUUGAGCCUCGAUAGGGUCUAGAGAUACGAGGCCGAAGAAAAGCUGAAGAAAAUCGGCGAGUUUAGGUGAAGCAAGGAAGAGAGGUUGAGGUGGGAUGGAUGUUGUGACAGAGAUGUUGAUAUAGAUAUAAACUCUGGGCUUUAGCGACAAGCAAGUGGAGGUCCAGGCGGGGCUGAAGGGUAAAAAAAAAAAGAGGGAAAAAAGCCUUUUUUCCCCUUUUCCUGUGUUGCCCUGGUCUGUUGUGUUGUAAUGUAAUAGGUAUGGGGAACGUGAGAGGGGACCCUUUUUAUAUGAGAGCUAGGUAGGUAGGUAAUGUACUGGAUGCAAUUCUGCUGCGCCAAGUUAAGGUACAGAGAAACAAAGGGAAGCCUCGGUUUGACGCGAUCCAGGGUCGAGAUGAUGCGCAAAAGGAGGAGGGCGUAGAGUUUAGUCCUGAAGGAGCAAUGUUGUGUCGUCGAUAAUAAAACAGACAGAAAGUCUCAGAGGUCUAGAGCAGGUGGGUUUGGAACCUUGACGAUCACGUCACAGCAGCCUCUUGAGCAAGGGAUCGAGAGUUUCAAAAGUCAAAAAGACAAUGAUGAGAUGUCAACUUGUCGGGGAAAUUGACUCAAUAGAUUAAUAAUGCAUGGCCCAGAGAGUAAAUCAACGU